UGAUAAACCAGAGCAGUGAAGGACUGUGUUAGGUUCCCGUUAAGACUGGGGAUGGUUUCAUUGCUGACCCUUAACUGCCAUCUGUGUGGAUCACGCUGACUGUAGCAGAGUUGCUGCUCUUAGCAAGAGUUGUGGGAGACUUCAGACUUCAACUUUUCUGCUUCAUUUCCAGUGUGUAUCCAAGUGAACAACCGCGGCCGACGGGGAAUCUAUAAAAUUAGCCACUGUUUUUUUUUUCCCCCCCGUAGUUGUUUUCGGAGACAUUUGCACGGCCAAUUCCCCUGGAUCAGCUCCCAUGAGUUGAGGAUUUUUACUGCCAGUCUCGGCUCCAGAAGUCUGUGUGCGAGUUGAGCGACUAUGGAAGGUUCUCCGAAGUCGACACGGGAGGCGAGUCGCCCGGCUUUCCGAAGGACCUGUAAUGCAUCUCAGAUGUUCCAGCGUUGGCGACACUGUCCAGACAUCUCUGGGGUCGUGUGCUGUCUCCUAUCAAUUGUGUCUCUCGGGUUUUGCAUUCUGGUGCAUUACAGGACUUCAGAUCUGCAAACUCGUGUCUCACAUUUGGAGGCAGAAAGGCAGGCUUUCUCAACCCGGCUCUCAAUGGACCAAAUGGAACCGGCUAUUUUUAACAGAGUAGAUCAGCUACUGGACGAGAAACUGAAGGCACGUUUACCCAAGAUUCGAGUGGUUCGCAAUGUUCCUGGUGACUGUGUGUGUCCCCCAGGACCACCAGGAGAAAAGGGAAGACAUGGCCGCAGAGGUGUUCCAGGGCCAGCUGGACCUCCAGGAAGAGAUGGCUUUCCGGGAAACAAAGGAUCCAUGGGCCUGCCAGGGAGAAGGGGAGUUCCAGGAGAUCCUGGCAUCUCAAUCAUUGGACCCCGUGGCCCUCCUGGUCAGCCAGGAGCAAGAGGGUUCCCAGGAUAUCCGGGUCCGAUAGGGUUGGAUGGUAAAUCCGGAAAAUCUGGUCCUAAAGGUGACAUGGGUUUACCUGGCCCAAAAGGUGAAAAGGGAGACUCCGGACAAAAAGGAGAAAAGGGUCUGAAUGGUCCAAAGGGUGAUAAGGGUCAACGUGGAGAUUCUGCACUCACAUUUACUCCACCUCGAUUGAAAAUACUGCCACCUGCUGACCAGUUCAUCAGACGCCUCUACCUCAAGGGUGAACAAGGACAAGCCAAUAGCAACUGCUCUCCAGGGCCACCUGGACCUCCAGGGCCUAAAGGACCCCCUGGCUAUUCGGGAAAAGCAGGCACUGAUGGAUUACCGGGGAAACCUGGAGAUCCGGGGAAACCUGGGAGAGAUGGAAUCAGGGGUCCAUCUGGAAUGCCUGGACCGAAGGGAGAACCAGGAAUAACAGGACUGCAGGGAAAACCAGGAAUGCCAGGGCUCCCAGGAAGAAAGGGGUCACUUACUUCAACUGUUCCUGGGUUAAAGGGAGAGCCAGGACAGACUGGACCAACUGGACAAAAGGGUGAAAGUGGUAUGCCAGGGAAAGAUGGUGCAGUCGGACAGAAAGGUGAAACAGGACACCCAGGAUCAGAUGCUGGUGGAAUUAAGGGUGAACCAGGUCUCCCAGGUUUACCUGGACCUCCAGGACCAAAGGGUGAAGCUGGAGUGUUAGGACCACAGGGUCCACCAGGUCCCAAAGGUGAACCAGGAAAAACUGAGAUAAUUGACUACAAUGGUAACAUCAACGACGCACUCCAGGGUCCACCGGGGGUUCCAGGAAUGCCAGGACUUCCAGGCCAGAAGGGUGAAAUCGGCUUGCCAGGGGUACCUGGACUUGAUGGAGAAAAGGGCUCUCGUGGUAAAAAUGGUGAUGUUGGACCUCCCGGUCCAGAAGGACCACCAGGACCCAAAGGAGAGACAGGAAUUAUGGGAUUCCCAGGACCCAAAGGAGAUAAAGGAGAUAUUGGAUUGACAGGACCUCCCGGUCUAGAUGGGCCCACGGGUGAAAAAGGAGAAAGGGGGGAACCAGGAUUGCAAGGCCCACCCGGACUGCCAGGUCCCGUAGGUCUUCCUGGCGCAACUGCAGAUAAAGGAGAGAAGGGUGAUGCGGUUAGUGGUCCUCCCGGACCAGCAGGGCCAGAGGGGCCUCCAGGUCCAAUGGGACCGCAUGGCCUUCCAGGAACAAAGGGCGAUCCUGGAUCAGAUGGUGUAAAAGGUGAUAGAGGUGAUCGAGGUCCCCUGGGACUGCCUGGUGUACCAGGGCCAGCGGGACCAAAAGGAGAAAGGGGCGAUAAAGGAGAUCCUGGAUAUGCAGGACCAAUCGGACCACGGGGAUUACCUGGUUCACUAGGACCAAAGGGUGAAAAGGGAAGCCGGGGGGAGAAGGGAAAGAGAGGCUCUAAAGGGCCUAAAGGGGAUAAGGGAGACCAAGGAGUGCCCGGAUUAGAUGCACCUUGUCCAUUGGGUGAAGAUGGUUUACCUGUGCAGGGUUGUUGGAAUAAAUGAUGAUGAUCUAACCUCAGAAUGGAGUGUGUACAUAGAAUAUUUAUUUUUAUACAGUUUUUUGCAAUUAUAAAAGUUAUCUUUUUUAAAAAAUGAUUGCAUAUUUUAAUAAAUUCACAUUUUGUAUAGAUUGUAUUAAAUUCCGUGUUGUCUGCCACUGUCCUUGCACCUGUGUGUAUUCAUCUACUAAUUUUGUUGCAUAAUACAGCAGUAUUAUUUGCAUGAUAUUUGUGCAGAAUAUAAAAAGCCACUGUUGCAUUGUAACUUAUAGUAUUAUAUGGAUUGGGCAAUACUUCGUUGCAGACUUGGUUAUUUUAAGUCAAUUCCCCGGGCCACCAGUUGCAAAAUGUAUGUAGCCCUGCCAUGGCUUUAUUGUCUCUCUUUGCUUAUAUAAUACUUGUUGCACAAGUGUGCAUAAACCCUAGUGCCUUAAGUGCCAGCAAAACAAUCCAACUACUUUAUCACAAGUUGCUGCUAAUGGAAAUUGAGAAGGGACAGCUGCAUUCAGUAAGCACCAAAAAAUCUAAAAAGAACUUUUAACUUGUUAAAUUCUUGAAUAUGUGUUGAUGCCAAAUAUCUGAACCUGUAUCAGAUAAUCACAGAUUGUGCCCAGGAGCAACAAUAAAAAUGCCACACUGUGGCCUUGGCAUUUUCACACUAGGUAUGGUUAACGACCAAGAAAAACAAAGUUACACAAACCCGAGUGCUACUCUAAAUCCAUAACUAUGGCAACUCUCGGUAGGAGUUGCAUGGUGAGGUUUUAGGCGAUGAAACUACGGGUGAUAUGGCUCCUGACAGACACCAAUCUCCUAUCACUAAAGUCGAUUUUUUAAUAGUUUGGAUACUGAAAGGUGUCAAUGAAGACUUUUACCCUCUGAUAGGUUCAAUAAAAUUAAGGCUUUCUGUUUGUUUUGAACUAUAAUGAUAAAGAGAAAUUUCAUUAACACUGUUUACAGCUUUUUAGAUUUAAUAUAUUAAAUCUAAACUUUUUUUAUAUAUAUAUAUAUAUAUAUAACCAAUUUUUGGGCUGCAAAGCCUGUGUUACCAAAGGUAUUUUACUUCAGCUUCCAUAGAAUCAUAAUACGCCACUCUCCACAUAAAUGAAUCCCCACAUCCCUUGUACCAUUCUAGUAAAUCUCAUCUGCAGCCUCUCGAAUGUCUCAACAUUCUUCCUAAAAUGUGAUGCCCAGAAUCGGGCACAAUACUCAAGCUGGGCCCUUAGUCAUGUUUUAUAAAGGUUCAGCAUAAUUUCCUUGUUCUUGUGCCCAAUGCCUCUAUUAAUAAAGCCAAGGAUCCUGUAUGCCUUUCCUUGUAACUACUUUUUCUCCAGAAAUUACCAUUGGCGAUAUUAGCAUAAAAUAAAUGUAUUUGUAUUGCAUUUCUUUGCAAUUUUAUCACAAACAUUAGCAAGUUUAUUUUAAUUUAUUUCAAUGCAGGUUACGCCUGUGGUAAGCUGCAGACAUUGGAAUGUUAAUCUGUUAAUGUGCACUAAAGCCAUUUCCAGGCUAAUGGUUAGUUUUGGAGUACUUCCUUCUGAAACUCAUAUUUGCUUUGCCGCAUUAUCUGAUCCCAGGUCCCUUCAGUGCCCUCUGCAAAAUAACAUGGCCUGUAAGUUUAAUUCUAGUUGUUAUCCUGUAAAUACAGUAAAGACCUGACAGGACAGACUACGCAAUUGGGUCAGCAGAAAGCUGAAACUUUGUAGAUUUUUUCUACAUAAAGUACACAAUUCAACAAAGUGCACGAGUCAGGAUUUGUCACCGGGCAGUUUCUAAACUUGUGUGCAUGUUUCUAGACCUGGUACCGCAUGUGCUAUGUGUGUGCUCAUGAGUGCCACCUGAAGCAAUGAGUUCUGAAUUGAUGUAUUUACCACUGCCAGGGCCAGACACCAUGGCUUAAUGCUAAAAAGUAAUGAAGUUGGCCAACACUGGGAAUGAUUUGAAAUGGCUGCAGAGAAACCUUCCAUGACUCCUCGUCAAAAAAUAUUUGACACAAAAAAUAUUGGAGGGACGGAGUGCUGAAAGUUUUCUAGUUUCAGAAGGUCACUUCUACUCUAGAGCAGCAGCUUGUGUGCUGUGGUCGCUGAGAUCUCUGGAUUGAGCCACAUUCUUCAUCACACUUCCAGGUGGUGCGUGAAAAGCAGCAAAAUGUGUGUGCGCGCAUUUUGACUGUGGAACUGAGGGGUCUUUUUUUAAUCCGAACGUGGGCCUCGUUCUUUCAGUACGAGCAGGAUCGAUCUGUUGAGCAGUUUUAUAUAUUUUUAUAUAUUUGGUGGAUCACUAACUAAAGGCUAGAAUCACUGUGCAUUUUUAUUUUCUCUUCCUUCUGUAAGAGUAACAAAUAAACACACUGCCACGAAUGAAAUGAUUCCUUUUAACAGAUGUAAUUUAGGGAACUGACCAGAACUGCUGGCAGUUUUCAUCAUUAAUUUUUGAAUGGUGAUGUAUCAGUUAGUUCAUUUGAGUAAAUAAUUAGUAUCAUCACCUUUCUUUGAAUAAAAACAUGAUUUGUUGCUUUCCCUGCAUUUUUGGAUGAAUUUUUUGGGGGGAGGGAGAGAAUAAUUUAUUAUCCACCCCAGAUUUUAGUUCUGUAAAAGACCCCAUAAUCUGUUUUUCAAAUAAUUGCAUUUAAGUUUAAAAAAGGUCAGGUUUUUUUUUAACUUUAUUUACAAAUCAAGACCUUCAUCUAUCAGGCUGACACCAGAGUUUGAUUUCAUAUAUAUCCAGGGCACAGUAAUCAAUGCAAAAAUCCUUUUUCUAAGGGGCUAUAGGACAAAUGAUGCUGUUCAUACCAACCUUACAAUGGAAGCAAUCAGUGUAUGUUGCUGCAUAGCCCCGUACUUUAAACAAAGUACAACUGGUCUACAGAACAAAGGUUUUAAUUUUUAAUGGCCUAUGAAGAACAUAUUUUGAAUCCACUACUGCAUGCUUAAUACUUAUGAAAAUUAGUUAUUUUUAACAGGCAAGAUCUAUCUGGCACAUGCCUUUUUGAUAUAGCUGUGUGAGGCAUCCAGUCAUUCCUAUUUAAUUGACAAUUUUAGUUUUUCUAAGUCAUUGCAGUGUUAUAUAAAAUAUAGUCAUUAAAUUCCAUUUUGCAGUAAUUCCAUGUAAAACCAUAAUCAUAGAGUGAUACAGCACAGAAGGAGGCCAUUCAGCCCAUGUGCCUGUACUGGCUCUUUGAUAGAGCUAAUCAGCAUAACUUCCACCAACCAAACACUUUAACAACUAGCGCUGUAGUCUGAGCUCUCUCCAUGAACCUGUUCUAGUGAGUCGGUUGGUUGAAUUUUACACUUGCAAGGUAUAUAUAUAUAUCUAUAUAUAUAUAUAUAUAAUUUUACUGCACUUGAAAACUAAAAAAAAGUUUAAAUUGUUGUAAAAAUUACUAUUUCAGUUUUUGUAAUAAAUGAAUCUCAAGAAGCAGUGACUUCUGAUAAUGUACCGUCUCUUUAUCCAACACAUUUUCAUAACUUUGUAGAAUGCUUUCACAUUCUGAAAAAGAUUUUUUUUAACCUUCUUCUAUUGCUCCAAAUAUCAUUUGGGAGUUCCCAAUCAACAACUUUAUUGUUACAGGAGUCAUUAUUUAGAAUUGGGGAUAGAAUCUUCAUCAUGGCUGCAGAAAUUAUCUGGGCUAUGCCUUCAUUUUUAAUGACCAGUUUUAAUUGCAACAUAUAAUUUUGCAUUUAUGAUGCUUAACUUAUUUUAAAGCUUUUGAUUUUAAUUAAAAAUAUUUGUUGAAGCGUAUCCAUUAGCAUUAACAAUUUAAAAAAAUUACAAAAAUUUUAUAUUGAGAUUCGUUUUUGUAGCAUAAGAUGUAUGAUACUAUAAAAUACUUGUAAAUGAACUUGUAUUAUAUUUUUUGAGUUUAUUAUGUGAAGGAGAUCAGUGAGUAUGACUCCAAUUUCCAGUUUAUUUUUUGAAUGUUAACAUUGUUUGCUGACGCAUUCUAUUUGCAGAAUGUUCACAUUUACUAAUGGCAUGUAAUAUCUUUGACUGUAUGUAUCACCUUUUUAAGAAACCCGUUUUUUCAAAAACACUGAUAUCAUUUUGUCUGAUGUAACUUGCUGUGCCUGUGCCUUUAGUGCAGGUAACUUUCCUGCUUUGUGUGGGAUUCUACAGCUGAUCUGAAAGCAUCAUUUAUUUUCCCCUGCAAAACUGUAAAGGAUUUUUUGCUUCUACAGUGGAUAAUCUGUGGCUUAAGACAGCAUUUGGCUUCUCUGUUUUGUCUCUGUUAUAUCUGCUGUACAGAAUAUAAAAUUUUCAAAGUGAAA